AAUCCACCACCGGAUGUUGUCAUACUCAGCCUGUCUGGCUUCACAGCUGUGAAGUGUUUCUGCGGGUGCUGGACGAGCUGGAUAUCAGCCGGAUAGAAAUCUAUAAAGAUGGCCUCAGCAACAGCGACCUACGGGCAGAAGGAGUCCUCGGACCAAAACUUUGACUAUAUGUUCAAGAUCCUCAUCAUUGGCAACAGCAGUGUGGGUAAAACCUCCUUCUUGUUCCGCUACGCCGACGAUUCCUUCACGCCAGCCUUCGUCAGUACGGUGGGCAUCGACUUCAAGGUGAAGACCAUCUACAGGAACGACAAGAGGAUCAAACUACAGAUCUGGGAUACGGCGGGUCAGGAGCGUUACCGCACCAUCACCACGGCCUACUACAGAGGAGCCAUGGGCUUCAUCCUCAUGUACGACAUCACCAACGAGGAGUCAUUCAACGCCGUCCAGGACUGGUCCACUCAGAUCAAGACGUACUCGUGGGACAAUGCUCAGGUGCUGCUGGUAGGAAACAAGUGUGACAUGGAUGAUGAGCGAGUUGUUAGUGGAGACAGAGGCCGGCAGUUGUCUGAACACCUCGGGUUUGAGUUUUUCGAGGCCAGCGCUAAGGACAACAUCAACGUGAAGCAGACCUUUGAGCGCCUGGUCGACGUCAUCUGUGAAAAGAUGUCCGAGAGCCUGGAUGCUGGAGACCCCGCCGUCACAGGGGCCAAACAGGGGCCCCAGCUGACAGAGCAGCCUGCUCCUCCUCACCAGGACUGUGCAUGUUAAAGCCGACCCCCAUGCUCUUCUUUCUCCUUUUCCUCCUUCAGCUGGACCCCGGGGCCUCGGGUCCAUUCCCCGUCACCCUUCUCACUCACUAUCCUGCUUCUGUCUGUAAAUUAGUAAGGGUCAUUGGCUGUGGGGCACAAGAGCCAGGCUGCAAAGAGUCUGAAACGCUCUCAGAUAUCUAUGGAACAGUGCUUGAAGAGCGUUUUUCUUCUGGUCAGUGCAGGAAUACGAUGCCAAAGCUAGUUCAGUAACAGCAGAGUGUUUGAGAUGCUUUGCAGCCCGGGUUCUUGAAGGCCAUCUUCUGUUGUCUCCCUGUUCCUCAGUGUGGUUUUACAAGAAGGAUUUGACGGCGUCCAAGUGCCAUUUAAAUCCUUCCGAUGUUUACAGUACUUUGUUUCAUGUCAGUCAAAUAUCUUGAAAAGAUGUCAGCCUCAGUUCAUGGUGUCCAACAGGGCCACGGUGGUUUCAGUUUCCUCUACGACUCUGGACACACACAGAGUCAAAAACACACACAGAUCUGCUUUUCAUGUGUUGUCUCAAACAUGGUUGUUACAGGUAUUAGCAGGUAUUUUGUUUUCAUUCCUCAUCUGAGACUCUUUUUUAUGUUUUCACGUCUUUUUUAUAUUCUGCUGCCCCGUUUAUUCUUUCAUACCUUUAACACGGGGUGAGGGAAAUAUGAACAAGAAAGAGCUAGGUCAAAAAAAAAGGCAACAAAAGAAAAAUCAAGAGACAUCUUUUAUUUAAUUAUAUUUAUUUCAACUGUACAUAUAAAUGUUGUGCAAUAUAUACAUAUAUAUAUAUAAUAUCUACAGGUAUGCAUAUCUGGAAAUGAAUUUAAAAAGGAAUGAAGUUCUCUAAAUGAAAGAGUGGAAAGUAAGAGGUCUGUCAGACUCUCCCUGAUGAGGAGAAAAGGAGCGGAGUGACCCUUUAAAUCUAAAUUACACAUGAAAAAGUAAACCUUAAAUCUAAUCUAGUAAAAGCAAAUGAUUGAAAGCGGCUCUAAUAUUUCACAGAGCUGACAUGUAAAGAUAUCUGAGAAGCUUUUUGGGCAGCACAGUCGUGCAGCUGUGCUUGCUAACGAUGCUACAUGUACAUAUUAUAACGUUUGACACUGAGCAGAGGAAGUCCUGCAGGUGUGUGUUUCUGUCAGAGCCGGACGAAUGCAAAGUCUGGAGGUUGAAAUGAUGUGAUCGUAACAUCUCAUCAAACUAAAGAAGAACUCUGCUUCAGUUAUCAUUUAAAGAAAUAUCAUUUUCCUACGUAUGGUGGAAUGAGUUUAGAAGAUGUGUUGCUGUGUUGGAUUAUUUGUAUGGUAUUGUCUUUACCUGAUAGUUUGAGUCCUACAGAGUGAAAGUAAAAUCAGCAGAGGGUAGGUUGACAUGUUCCCUACAGAGGUGAGCAGGUGAAUUGCCGUGACAUGGCACAGAAUAAGAUCUACGCAGGUUUGGUUUAAAGAUUCACCAAAGCCAAGCUUGUCUGAGGCACACGUUUCUUCACAUGUUUUAAAUCUGGUUUUCAGUAUUCAGGAUCAAAUCUGUGGAGUGUCUGCAUUUCAAAUCUUCAGCUCCUCAUGAUUAAAUCACACUAUUCUGAAAUGCACAUUUGAUGGGAGGAGAAAGAUUGGAUACAGAAAGUCAAGCUCCAGCGAUUUAUUGGUGACAAACAGCCCGUCAUCUGACUUCUUCAGAAUCAGUAUUACACUUUGUGAUGUUAUCUGUCUUUAGUGGGAAAGUCAAACAUGCAACAAACACCUGGAGGCUUAAAUAGUCUGACAGGGUCAUUUUCAAAUCCAGUUCAGGAAUUAAAUAAAGUGGUAGUUGUUUUUUUUAUUCCAGUGCUGUGUAACCAGCUAACAGCAGUUUUUUCAUUACCUGUCCUCUUCAGCUGUUUUCAUCCAGUAAAAAGUGGUUUGCUGAUUUAUCUUCUCUCCACUUCUCCACAUACUGACUGCUGUAGGAGCAGCGCACUGAUUUGGCUUUAGGAUGUCGGAAUGAGUGUUGUUACCAAUCCCACGGGUAGAAGUGAUGACAAAACAAACGCUGCCUGGUGAAGCAAAGUUUUAAUCAAGGCGUGCUGGUUUACAAAGGUUCUUGAACAUUUGGUCUGGGACUGUUCACCUUAAAAACUAUAGACUGUAUAAUAAAUAUGGACGUAGUAUCGGUGGCGUCACCCAUCUGCUUCUGAAGCCGAUCGUCGGCGGUGGGUGCCACUUUGGAAAGACGACCAAACGCCUGUCCAGCUAGUGUGAGGUAAAGAGGCGGGCUUUGAGCCUCCUCAUCAGCUGUGACUCUCAUUAUGGAAACUGCUGCGUUAUGAAAAAAUUCACCCCGUACAGAGAAAUGAGCUACUCAGACUGAGCUCAUUUUUUGUACCAGGCUGUACACAUUUAUGCGGUAAAGAUCAGCUUUUUUCAAGGGGUGUGUAUGUGGUUUACAGUACUUCCAGAGCCAGCCAGCUGUAUUAUUUUUAAUAUUUUUGGGGGGGGGGGUUUUUGGCUUUAUUAGAUAGGACAGCUGAAGAGAGACAGGAAGUGUGGGGAGCAGAGAGUGGGGGAAGACAUGCAGCAGAUGGUCGACCAGCCGGGAAUCGAACUGGCGACCUCUGUGACGAGGACUAUAGCCUCUAUAUUUGGGGCGCUUAGACCGCUAGGCCACCAGUGCCCCCCAGCCUGCAGUUUUAACACUUCUGCAUUGGCUUCAAUUCUCGCGGCUGGAAGUUGCUGCUUGAAAACAGAGAGAGAGGAGAUGGCACCAAUGAAGUGGUUAAUAUAUGGACAGCAAACCUGCAUGAGAAAAAGCUUAAAUUUUAAAAGUGACUAUCACAUAAAUGAACUGUCGAGUGUGACAUUCAAACCGGAUACAACAAACAAGCCACUGACUAUUAAAAUGAGAGUAAACGGGUCCCGAGUCAGAGUGGGAGUGUUAUCAGAGAAAGGUAAACCUGUGGUCUUGCAUUUAUAUUUGACUUCUUACUGGUUGUGACUGUUUCUUUUCCAGUAAAAACCUAAACUUUGAAACUGUUCUCCUUUCUAAAACGUCUUCCUCUCUAUAUAAACCAGACCUGUAAAUACUGUACCUUUGAGUCAUAUGUGUGGAUUGUGUUGUAUCGACUCAGGCUUGCAACAGAAAAAAUAAAAACUAAGAAAAACCAUUAAAAAAAAGAGACAGUUAAACCCUAAAAAAAAGAGCCAUGUUGUUCUGUAUCUGCAUUCGUUUUUAGGCCUGCUUGUGAAUGAAUGUGUCACUCUGUUACAAAGCAAUACACUCUGCAGUAUCUACACUAAAAAAAGAAACGCCAUCAAGCUUGGUAGAGGUUGCCGACUUUAGAUCUUCUACUAGCACGCAGAAACAUGUUGGUCUCGUAUCACUGCCUCUACAAAUCCUCCUCAGUUUGGGCCUUUACGAUGAGAGAAUAUGCUGUGGAUGUUUUUAUCUGUACUUUGUGGUAAAACAAUAAAAAGUUACUAACAAUCA